CAUGCGCUUCACAAGGCAGAUGACCGGUGAAGAUGGACUGAUAAUGCUAUCGUCUAGGGAUUCACACAACUAGUUCACUGGAACUCCUUAGCUGGCGGUGUUGCUGCGAAAGCCUUGUGGACGUACGGCUCCGAAGAGCAGACCAUCAGCGAUAUGCAGCUGCGCAUGCUUCGAGAUUGCCAUUGGCUUCUCCGACAACGUGUACGACCUUCAUUGCAGCUCGAGGAUGCUUUGUCAAGCAUGGGAGACGACGAGGAAUGUCGAACAAUCGGUGAGAGCUUCCUGGACAGGCUGUGGAAGAAGGCUAUGCCAGUAUAAGAGAGCCUCCCGACCGCACCUGAACGGCUCUCAAAUUUUGUAAGGCAAUACCAGGAAAACUGACAUCUUUUUGUGCGGAUUUUCCUCGUUUCUUGACGGCUGCUGCAGACGCUCUUGCAUUGGUUAGACGAUGCCGCCCGAGCAUUCGGAUAACCAACAACAGGGGCCUAGCCGCGCAGACCUCCUACGUUGCAUCAUCGCCUACGCAGACUUAUUCGAUGACAUCGACAGCAACGACCGUCCCGAGGGCGAUGUCAGGCAUCGCUUCUUGGGGCUCAGGGCAGCUAGAGCGCGAUAUGUAGAAUCGCGAGUGCUGGAGCGUGGGCGCGCAUGGGAGGAAUUGCAAAAUGAACUGAAGAGCAGCACAGCCGACUUAGACGACGGAGAUUGUCUGCCACGGUUCGAAAAAGCGAUGGUCGAACUUGACCAAGCUUUGCACUGGUAUAGUCGAGUAAACGAGGAGGACUCCAAGGCGGCGAAAGCGCCUGUGGUCGACCAGUAUUUCAUGGACAGCGUAUUCCGCUACUACAUGGAACAGCCCGGAAAAGGGCUACGAGCACCGAACGGAGAGUUGCGCUCCCUCUACGGCUCGACCGGCCACUCCGUAUCGCCUACCCUAAUGGCCAGCCGCGGCUGCGACAGCGACUUCAUUCGAGAUAUCAUAACACAGAACCUGAUGGCUCCUUUCCAUCAGCGCGUCUUCGUGCCUUGCCAGACAUACUACAGGAGAAUUUUGGGUCGUAAUGCGGCGCAGCAGUCGCAAGGCGUGAGCGGAGCAACGCUCGACAUUCUGGUCAACACUGUCGAAUGCUUGAUUGCUGUAGGCUGCGUAGCUGGUGCCGUCAUCCUUUUGUACAAUCUUUCGUCGACGAAAGAUCGCCUCAUUGCCGCUACGUUCUUGAGCUUCGCGUUCCCAUUUCCCGUGGUAUUCUUUAGCCAAGAAGCGAUGCAAACCUUCAGUUUGACCGCGAUGUAUGCCACCCUUCCCGUUGACGGCUCUCUGCUCACAUUAAGCAGGAUCUGGGCAGUUCUCAUCGUAUUUCUUACGACGGCGAAUUUGAGUUCGAAGGCGGACUGAAUAUUACCUUGGGUUCCCAGGAGCCGGCAAGAAAUGAGACCGUUUUUGGUGCUUGGUUAAAUAAGAGGGUGUCUGUUUUCCUUCAUUGGCCUCCGGGGAUGUUUCAUUGCGUCUUUCGGGUGUAUGGAUGACGUUGAAUUAAAGUUUUGUCCUUCAGUUUCCUU